AUGUAUAUAUUAAUAUUACUAAUUGUGUAAGUAUAUUCAUACCACACUAUUUCUGAGAAUUCAAAAGUCAAAACACUCAACCAAACUGAGUUUCAAUAAUUAAAUAUUGGUCGAGACAGCCAUUCAUGGUUCAUUUUGUUUUACAGACCAUCAUGUCCUCAUUGCUAAAAAGUCCUGCCUGUUUGGGAAAGUUUUGCUGAAUACAAUUAGACAUCGAGCAAAAUCGGUGCUGUCAAUUGUGAGGUUGAAAAAGAUUUAUGUAAAUUAUUCUCAAUUGAUGCUGUACCAACAAUGAUUCUAAUUUCUGAAGGUGGAAAUCUUCAUCAUUAUAGUGGAAACAGGACAAAAGAAUCUUUUAUUCAGUUUCUUGAUAAAAAUUGGCAAAAUAAUGAAACUGAGACCCCUCCUAAGGACGAUUCCUCAAUAUUUGAUACAACAACUAUAUUCAUUUUGUUAUUACUAGUGUUGGUGGGUUUUCUUAUCUGGAUUUACUUCUAGGAGAAGUACGAGUAUUCAUCAAUCAGCAGUUAAGCCAACUAGAGCUCGAUUAUAGAAAUGCAAGAAAUCAAUAAACCAAUAGAAAUUUGAUUUUAUAUUAUUGUUUAAUAUAUUUGCCGAUAUUUAUUUUAA